AGUUUAGACAGGUCCCCUCCCACCACAAGAGGAGCCCAAUCACCCGCCGAGUCGUCGACAAUCGACACCAUACUGGGAGCCCAACUCGUGGCGGUGCAGAGACACAGAAGGAGAGAGAGGGAGGGAGAGAAAGAGAGAGAAAAGGAGAGAGAGAGAGAGAUCACUCCACCUUUUUGUAUUCCAGCUGACGCCGAGCGGUCUCUUGUCGUGAGGAAGGUUUCCGCGGAGAGGAAGAGGAAGCGGCUCUGACUUCUCUCUGGCGCCCACGCUGCUUUCGACACUUUCCCUCCGCCUUUAUUUCACAUAAUUUGGUCACAAUAAUUCAAGAUGGCAAACAUGCUUCAGAAGGUUCAGGAGAUUGGCUCGCACGCCAUGGACAUCUACAACUACCUCUUGGCAGGAAUUGAUCCUCGGCUGAAGGAAUAUCCAAUGAUGCAGACUCCUAUUCCCAUGUCCGCAAUAUUGCUGUGUUACCUCUUCUUUGUACUGUACCUUGGGCCGCGCACAAUGGCCCAUCGGAAGCCCUUCCAGCUGAAGGAAGCCAUGAUAGUCUACAACUUCUCGCUAGUGGCACUUUCGAUAAUCAUCGUCUACGAAUUCCUGAUGUCUGGUUGGGCCACAACAUAUACCUGGCGAUGUGACCCGGUCGAUACGUCCAACAGUCCUCAAGCACUUCGAAUGGUCCGAGUGGCCUGGCUGUUCUGGUUCUCCAAGAUCAUUGAGCUCAUCGACACGGUCUUCUUCGUGUUGAGGAAAAGGCACGGCCAGGUCACCUUCCUUCACAUCUUCCACCACUCCUUCAUGCCCUGGACCUGGUGGUGGGGAAUCGUCCACGCUCCCGGUGGAAUGGGAUCUUUCCACGCCAUGGUGAAUUCCACCGUCCACAUCAUCAUGUAUUUCUACUACGGCCUUUCUGCUGCUGGACCGCGCUUCCAGAAGUUCUUGUGGUGGAAGAAAUACAUGACUGCCAUUCAGCUGAUCCAGUUUGUCCUGGUGUCCCUCCACGCUACCCAGUAUUACUUCAUGGAGAGCUGCGACUACCAGUUCCCCAUCCUCAUCCACCUCAUCUGGAUGUACGGAACCUUCUUCUUCGUGCUCUUCUCCAACUUCUGGGUCCAGGCUUACGUGAAGGGCAAGCGGUUGCCAAAACAGGGAGCCGAGCAGCGCCCGAACGGCGCGGCCGCCCACGCCAACGGCAUCGACCACGGAGCAAGCAACGGCGCCGCUCGCCACGAGAACAGCGGCAGCCACCUGAGCAAGAUGAAGAAGGCCUGAGGCGGCUGGGAUGAACCCGUUUGAAACUACUACGGAUUCCAAAGACUUGUGUUUCUUUUCCCGUUAUUAGUUUUAAUCGCACGACUCGGGGGAAAUGACGUGGUCAAUGAUUUCCACAGUCGACCUCCAAAACUUUUGCUUUGUUUGUUUGUUUGUCGAGCUCGAGUUGGGGAACCAAUUGUAUGAAGAGAAGAUGUUUUUGACCAAAAUAUUAUCUUCACUGAUGUUGCAACGGGCUCCUGGUUCAGCGUCACACUGGUAUUCACCCCACAUGCCUUCACUACUUCUGACCCCCACAUCGCACUGACCUCCCCCCCGAUGACAGAUAACUGUACAGUUUCUAUCAAACUUAUAGUUUUACAUCAAACAAAAUAACUAAUGUGUAUUGGUUUAGACUUUCAAAAUUUUGUUAUAUUGUGUAUUUAAAAUUAAAUGCCAAUAAAUUUUAUUUUUAAUUAUCUUA